AUGCGAUUGCAAGGUCAAUUUGAUUUGGUUAAAAUCGUCAACAUUCGACCGGAGCUUGAGCAUCUCAGCUGUGGUCAUUUCCCAUCGUUGAAUCAAGACCCAUUAUGGAACAUGACAUCAUCAUCAAAAGAGGAAGCAACACCACCACGCACCUUUGAAAUGUGUGCAAUACAUUACGAAUCGCCCUUAUAUCAAGCCAUUGCUUUACUCAACAGCCCAUGGGGAGCCAAGAUUAAACGUCUUGUUUGUGAAAUCAGCAAGAUCUUUAGAUCUCAUGAUGAUGAUGAACAACAACAGCAACAGCAAUAUCAAAUUAACCAACCACUUGAAUUGGAGCAUCUUGAAUAUCGGUGUUACAAAUAUUGGGAAAUGCGAACACGUUACAACCUGCCAGUGCAAAUGUUGUUAAUGCCACUCCUCACGUAUGGUACACAAUUGAAACACCUUGAUAUCCGACUCUUUUGCCGCCGUCGUCCAGCGAUAUUCAAUGGUGGCAUGGAUUCUCAAGCGAUGCCCGAGUAUGCCACCCUGAGUAACUUGAUCCAAUUGAGGCAUUUAUGCAUCCAUGAAUCCAACAGCUUGUACCCCGCCUCAUUGGAUUACUUGUUCUCACGCAUCAUUAUGGAGCAUACGCCGUUGACAUCGUUCGAGUAUAUGCUAUCGAGGUUCUUUCCAGAUGUCUUUUGCUUUGAGAAACUUGCCCAUGUGCCCACACUACGUCAUGUGACUCUCUAUGCGUUCGAACCCAACUACAUGGACUGCACCACCGUGGCAGUCUUUACGAAAGCAUUAAGCCCCUCUCGGAGCAUCGAAUCGCUUCAUUUCAAGAAUGGAAAAGAAUUCACGUAUGAAAGGGCAUUCAAGUACCUGAGCGAUAACAUGUCGAAUCGAGUCAAGCAUUUGACAUUUUCUUCGCUCUAUCAAACAUCCCAUGCAGGUCUCAAACACCUCAUCAAGCAUCAUCCACAAAUUGAGACAUUACGCUUUAUAGAUAUUGUAGGUACUUUUAGUGAAGAUAUGCAUGUCAUCCUUCCUGAUUUACGUGCUCGUGGUGUAAAAAAUGUUAUAUGGGAAAUGCCUUAUCCAAUAAACGAUCGUGCAUAA